CCUCCCCCUAAUGGCAGCAUGCGCAAACAACGCCUAAUCUUCCUGCUGACCAUCGUCGUCCUCGCAUGCUUCACCCUCGUGCUCGUUCGUCCCUCCCAAUCUUCAGCGCCACCGCUCGAUCUCCCUCCACCCGAACCCAUUCAACACCCUCACGUCCAUGCGGGCCAGACCUCAUUCCCGCCUGAGCAAGGCCACCCCAUCAGCCGUCUGAUCCAGACCGCGCAGCAGUCUUUUGAUGAUGUGCGCUCCCACCAGUCCAAGACCCUGGCCGAGGCCGUGAAGGAGUAUGAGCGCCGCUACAAGAUGCACCCGCCGCCACACUUCGACAAGUGGUUCGAGUUUGCCAAAUCCAAGGGCGUCCAGCUUGUCGAUGAAUUCGACUCCAUCUACCACUCCCUCCUGCCCUUUUGGGGCCUCCCUCCCAAAACGAUUCGCGACCGCGCACGAGAGGCUUUAGGGUUCGACAAUGCGGUGAUUGGCGUCUUGAUUCGCGAUGGCAAGGUCUCAUUGACGGACGGUGGUGGUGACGAUCGCAAGUGGCAGCGCGACGCCACGGUCGGCAUGAUGGCGCAGUUUGUCAAAUACCUCCCGGACAUGGAUCUGGUCUUCAACAUGCACGACGAGCCGCGUGUGGUCAUCCCCACGGAGGAUCUCCAGCGGCUGGUGCAAAAGGCCAAGGACCAGGUGCUUCCCGCCGCCUUCAAGGGCACGUCUCCCACCAAUUCGUGGUCUGCUCGGGCUUCCGAUCUCAACAAGGGCGAUCGCAUUGACGAGGUGCGCACUACCCGCUUCAAUCGAUUUGCACACCAGCCCACCUGGACACACUCGCGUAACUCUUGCCCGGCGGAUAGUCCCGCUCGCUCGCUCGAGGAAGAUCCCAUGGACGAUGUCAGCUCUUACGCGCACGGCGAGCUGGGUUUUAUUUACAACACCACGGCCUUCUCCGAUAUCUGUUACACCCCGUCCCUUCGCUACACCUACGGGUUCUUUGACCGACCCAAUGCGUUUGAUAUCGUCCACGACCUAUUUCCUAUCUUCUCACAAAGCAAAAUUUCCAGUUUCCAGGACAUUCUCUACCCGAGUCCCUGGUACUUCGCCGACAAAGUGUCGUACGAAGGGCGCAAGGACAUCGCCUGGGAGUCUAAGUCGGACCGGAUGUACUGGCGCGGCUCGACGACCGGCGGGUUUUCGCGUGCCGGUGGCUGGCGUCGUCAGCACCGACAGCAAUUUGUCGACACGAUUAGCUCCCUUGGCUCGGCCAAGAUCCUUGCCCGACAAGAGGGCGACCAGUGGGUGUCGCAGGAGGUUAGCCGGGACACGUACCGCGAUCUGUUCGAUGUCAAGUUCACCUUCAUCGGGCAGUGUGAUCCGGAGGACUGCCAUGCCCAGACGGAAUACUUUGACGUGGUGAAAGCGGCCGCGCAACAGGAUGCCUGGGCCCACAAAUUCCUGGUCGAUGUAGACGGCAAUGCGUUCAGCGGGCGGUUCUACUCGUUCCUGCUCAGCAACAGCUUUGUUUACAAGAUUGCCAUUUUCCGCGAGUGGCACGACGAGUGGCUCCAGCCGUGGGUGCACUAUGUGCCCCUGAGCCUGAAGGGGGACGAAUACGUGGAAAGCAUGCGGUAUUUCGCCCAGGAGGACGACGGAAAGAAGGUCGCGCCUCAGAUUGCGGCCCAAGGCCAGCGCUGGGCGCAGGAAGUGCUCCGCAAAGAAGAUUUGGAAGUUUGGUUCUUCCGGCUACUUCUCGAGUACGGACGGUUGGUGGAUGACCGGAGAGAGCAGUUGGGCUUCUCCCUGUGA